AUGAAUCAUUUCGCCAUUAAUGGUCUACUUGGUGGGCUCCGGGCCGACGCGCAAGCAGGCGAUGAGCAUGCUGCUGGUAAACUUUGGGUUCAUUUUUUGUCCAAGCACAUUUUCACGGACGCGGCUCGAUGGGUCGUUUCUCAAGAACAGCCACCAAGAUCUCACCACAGCCAGAGACGCAUGGACAUUCUGGUCGAAGAGUUUCUGAAAUCAGACGGAAGGAGAGGAACACUUCGAGUCGUGCUGAUUGGAGAGGGCAAGAAGGCACGGGCAAGUGGAACCGACGUGACAGAAGUCGAAGUGCAGGCCUACGAGGGGUGCACCGCGCAUAUGUUGCACGCGCAGAGAGAUUGGGUAUGGGCCUUGACCUAUUGCGGCAGCGAGGGCCGACUCUGGGCAUGCAACAAGAACGCAGGCUUUCUCGAGCCAGUUUAUCCUAGAGAUUACAACUUCGGCGACAGAAAGCUGUAUAUCGAUAUUGCAAAUGGCUUCAUGGAGCAGCUAAUCUGGAUUCGAGAAAAUUCGGUCCCGACGGAAGACAUGUUCGAAGAUGUCAACCGAAGCCUCGCUGCGGGAACAACGGUCUUACCGACGGCGGUCUUGGGUAGCUCUCAUGGACAUCCGGGCUAUGCUGCUGUCUCGACUCUCGCAUCGACGACAUUUGAAAAUUACGGUAGAGGCGCUCAAGCAAGUGCUGCUGGGCCAUCUUUUGCGGCUGCAGCCCGCGGGUCAGACGUCAUAGAUCCGAAUCAACACGUCUUCCUUGAGCUCGCACAAUACAUAGAAGGGGGCACAAAGGUCAAGGGCACUCGUCCAGACGGUACUGCCAUGCGUACGCCCACCGAAUGCUGGGCUCCAGGCCAGGUCAGGGAUCCACAAGGUAAUAUUCAUGCUUGCGUCGCCGCGACGCUCCCCAAUUCAGGCAAUCAGUAUUGGGCGUGGAUGAUUGAGCCCGAGGCCGAGGAUGCGGCAGAGGACAACAGGAAGAACAAGGGCAAGGCAAAGCGACACAAAUGA